AUGAUAAAAUAAUUAUUUAGAAGAUCCUUAAUUAAUCAACCUCAACUCUUUACUUUUAGUGAGUAUUUUAAAGAGAGAGAUAAAGCUGAAAUAUUUGAAUAUUACAAUAAUAAAUUCACAGAUAAGAGAUACAUUAUGUAUACACAAAAAUGGAAAAAUGAUUUAGAAAAGAAAGCAAAACGUCGAGCUAGACAUUAAGAAUUAGAAAGACAAAGGGUAUUACUCUAAUUUUAAUCUUGAUUCAUAGACUCCUCCUGUGGCAUAGGAAUGCAAAUUUAUUGUGCAUGAUUAAAUGAAAGGAAUCGAAUUGCCUUCAAUCCUUAAAUUUGCUGUAUGCAAAAUUGGUAGUAGCUAAUAUAAGGUUGUUAAGGAUGAUUAGAUUAUUACAGAAUUUAUGGAAGGAUUAGAUAUUAAUACAACAAUUGAAUUAGAUCAAAUUUUAAUGGUUGGAGCUAAAGAUUAUACUGUUUUAGGUAGGCCAUUUGUAGAAAAUGCAAAAGUUUUAGCAACAGUAGAAUAAUAAACAUUAAGCGAUAAAGAACUUGUUUAUAAAAAAAAAAGAAGAAAGAGAUAUUAAAAAUCUUAGGGACACAGAUAAAAAAUUACCAUAUUAAGAAUCAAUGAAGUAGUUCACGAUGUUAAUGAUCAAUUAUUAAACAGAGCUGUUGCAUUAAUCUGA